GACCCCCAAAAGAUCUAUCUCUAUAUGCCUCUCUCUUUUCUCUCUCUCUCUCUCUAAACGAACGACGAUUCCACCAACGUUUCUCUCUCUCCGGUGACAUUUCCUUCGCGAUUCCUUUCCCUCUCUCUCUCUCUGUGUUCGCGAUUCCGGUCAAGCAACGUCGUCGUUGGGAUGUCCUUCGCAAUCUCGAUUCGUCACGCUCUCCUCUCCGGAUCUCGAAGUAGGGCCCGCGAUCUCCUUCGCCUUUUCCGUUCGGCGGCGGUCGUGAUUGCAGUAGGCUAGGGUUUCAGCCGAUCUGCUCUCUCUCUCUCUCUCUGAGAACGGCUCGUUGUCGUCAAUCUCUGCGAAUCCGACUGUGAUCCGACGACGGCAACAUCUUUUUGCCUUUUUUCUUUUGUGAUUUGUUUGUAUGGGUUUGUGAUUUUAUAUACAGGUUCGGCGGCGAUGUUGUAGUGGGUGGCCGUCGGUGACCGGCGACGUUCUCGUCGGGAAAUUGAUCGUCGAGCUUGUAAAGUUCCGACGUCAGAUCGACCUCUGUCGCCGUCGUCUCUGACGAAGAUCGCCGACGACUGAAUUUAUGGGUAAUACCAUAUUUAGCGUUGCUGGAGCUAGUCGUCGGAAUUUUAAAUACCAUAUUUGAAUCGGCAAGAUCCAGAUAGCUAUAUGCAACCAAAGGAAACAAAGGGACCCACAUAAGAAGAUGGCACUCACUGAGCUUAGGAAAAAUACUGGACCCACGUCAGCAGCUAGGAAGGUGAGCAAGAGAAAGAGGGGCAAUUAACAGACACAUGUGUUGGACCAUCUUCAAAACAAAUGAAAUUAAAACAAAGGACAAUAUAGUAAUUUUACGUUAAAAAAGACAUAAUGGGAAUAUAAAAAUCAUUUGAAGAAAUUUGUAGGGGUAAAAGAGGAAUGAUACUGUUCAUUGCAUUGUAGCAUGAAUAGUGAAUCCCGUCAUCUGUUUCAGUAUAUGUAUAAUAUGUUUAUGAGUAAAAACUUUACUGACUUUGAGUUUUAAUAUGAUAAAUAUUGUAUUUAGGGUGCGUAUGGUUGGGGAAAUGAAAUGGAAAGACUAUUCUCUUUAAUUUUCUUGUUUAGUUUCAUUUUUUAGUUGGAAUGAGCUUUUAGUUGGAAAGCCUAUUCACUCAAUUUGAGUGAAUGGGCAUUCACUCGGGGGUUGGUGGAAUGGGUUGGUGGAAUAAUAUUGCCAUUCAGACAUUUUUUUUCAUUUUCUCCAUAUUGUUCUCGAGUUUUAAUCGAGAAGAGACAAACCUUGGAGCUCCCAUCGCCGUCGCGACCAUUGGAGCUCCAAUCAUCGUCGUGACCACUCGAGCUCCCAUCGCCGUCGUCACCCGAGACGUUCUUCCGCCAAUCGAUUCUUGCCUUCUCACUUCCUUUUCUGCCUUCCUCCACUUUGGCUCGUUCGUUUUCAUUUCAAUCUCGUCCUUGGAUUUCAAUUUUCUUAGAUCCGGUUGUAGCUUCACCGGUGCCUCUAUUUCUGACAAGGUCAGGUCGCGGUUGAUUUCGGCAAGAUCCGGUUGUAGCUUCACCGGCGCCUCUAUUCCUGGCAAGGUCAGGUCGCGGUUGAUUCCGGCAAGGAUAAUGGCUCACUGAGAAAGAAGAAUAUAGUUGCUUUGCUUUUACAUUGGUUGAAUAUUAUGCAUGUAGUGCAAUGGUUCUUUCAAUUGAUGGAAAGAGUGGUGAUGGAAGAUAUAGAAUCAAACUUUGUAAAGAGACAACUUUAUGUGCUUGAUGUGUUUGUUCAUAGGCAAUAUGUUCAUCAACUAGCUUACGCAAGUGAUGUCAUAUGCAGAGAUCAAUUAAGGAUGAAUAGAAAUGUCUUCACUAAUUUGUGCACAUUGCUAGAAACUAGGGGUGGGUUGAAAGCGUCUAAGUAUUUGCAAGUAGAUGAGCAAGUCGCUAUGUUUUCACAUAUCAUUACUCACCAUGAGAAAAAUAGAGAUAAAAUUCCAUUUUAUGAGAUCUGGACAAACGGUUAGUAAGUACUUUCACAAUGUCUUGCAUUCAAUCAUUCGACUUCAUGGAGUGUUAUUCGUUUGACCCGAGCCGGUUGCAGAUAACUCAACUGAUGAGAGGUAGAAAUGGUUUAAGGUACGUAUCUAUUUUUGUGUUAUGUUUAAAAUGGGCAGCACCCAUGGUGUAAUUAGUAAUUAUAUCUUUUAUUUAUUAUAGAAUUGCCUAGGUACACUAGAUGGAACCUAUAUUAGGGUGAGUGCGCCUGUGAUAGGGACUCAAACAUCGUAAUCGACAUAGAGCUGUAGCAACAAAUGUCUUAGGAGUAUGCACACGAGAUAUGGAAUUUAUAUAUGUGUUGCCUGGAUGGGAAGGAUCUGCAGCUGAUGGUAGAGUAUUACGCGAUGCUCUAUGUAGAGAAAAUAGUUUACGUGUUCUAAAUGUUAAGUUUGUUUGUUACUAGUAAAGUAGUUUACUCGUUCUUUGUUACAUCGUUCGUUGUUACAUUUACAAAAUGUUAAAUCUAUAUUUAUCAAUUUUUUUUAAUAGGAUGUUACUAUCUUGUUGAUGCUGGAUACACAAUUGUAAUGGAUUCAUUGUUCCAUUUCGUGGCCAACGGUACCAUCUAAAGGAAUGGGAAGUUGGAACACAACCUAGGAAUUCAAAAGAGUAUUUUAAUAUGAAACAUUCACAUGCUAGGAAUGUGAUUGAGAGAUGUUUUGGUGUACUUAAGAGUCGUUGGGCGAUUCUUUAUAGUCCAUCAUUCUUUCCAAUCAAAGCUCAAAAUCGCAUUAUCUUGGCAUGUUGUUUGUUACAUAAUUUUAUUAGGUGCAAAAUGCCUAAUGACAUUCCAGAUCUAAUAUUAGAAGAUGAGUGUGAGAAUGACGAACAAGAUGAAGAAGUAUAAGAUUAUGAUGAUUUGAUAACAGCCGUUAAGCCUUCAGAAGAGUGGACUGGGUGGAGGAAUACGAGAGCACAAGAUAUGUUUAAUAACUGGAGGCAUCGUAAGAAUGCAAGACAAUUGUCUAUGUGUUUUUUCCUUAGAAAUUGUACUGGAACUUGUAUU